CUGAGGCCUACGAAAAUUGAAAAGAAGAAGUAGUACACAAAUAAAGGUUAUGUUGUUUUGUUUAUUUUCAAAUUCUCAUAAAAUUAUCUAAAAAUUGUUAAUUUUACUAUAUUAUGUCGCUAUUUCCAGCUUACGCUGAGCAAUCUAAUUUAAAAGAAUCCAAACCCCAAUCUUCCACUAACGCAGAAUGGUUGGAAAAUUCUAGUUUUCAUGUGAAUUUGGUAAAUGUACAAAACGAAAAUAUUUCUGAAGAAAAAACAUCUCAAGAUGAAUUGCAAGUACCGAGCACCUCGAAAAAGCGUAAAAAGAAACGUAAACGCAGCGAUUCAAAAAAGAAAAAAACCGAUUCUGAUUUAAGUGUUGAAAAAAAUGAAUAUUAUAAAAUUGAACUUUUAGGUGCUAGGGAGUUACUUACGGUACCUUUUAUUUCGCGCCCUUCGGCGCCAAUUUAUAAAAUAAAAUACUGGAUACGUGAUUUAAAAAAUCCGAAAAGUUUUUUUAAGAGUUCAUUUAAACGUUACCAUAAGUAUGUAAAUUUUAAGGCCAAACCUGAAAAAGAAACCGCAAUAACUUUGGAGAAUUUAAAUAAAAUCGGUUUCGCUCCUAGGGAUGAACAAUUUUUAGGUUUUAAGCAAGAGGAAGAGUUAACUGAAAAGACUGCAUUCUAUAAUAGUCAUUUAGGUGAAAAUCCGACCGACAUUAAAGUUUGGUUAGAGUAUAUUCAUUUUCAAGAUGUCGUGCAUCAGUUUGAGAAAACUUACAGGAAAGGGAGCAUGGCUAAAGCUCAGAGAGUGUUGGCUGAGAGAAAAUUAUCUAUUCUUGAGAAAGCUUUAUCAUUAAAUCAUAAUAAUAGUGAAGUGUUGCAGAGAGAGAGAUUGACUAUUGCUGUGACAACAUUUCCUUCUGAUGAACUGCAGUCCUAUUUGAAAGAUUUAGUCGAAAAAGACAAAGGCAACAUAAUCCUCUGGCAAGGCUACAUCGAAGCGACCCAGUGUUCAAUGUCCCACUGCAACACACCCGCAGUCCUAACCCUGUACACCAAAUGUCUCUCGACUCUUCACCAACUAAGACGCGCCACCUCACUUGAACGCCACAUUCUAGAGGAAUCGAUUUUGAAAAUGCUGUACCAGUGCGGGUUGUUCUUGAAGCAAGCCGGUUUGUUUGAACAACUUUGGACGCUUUUACGUCUGUAUUUGGAGUUAAAUUUGUCUCCAAAUGAUAAAAAUCGAUUUAACAUUAUCUGCGAAUUCAAAGAGACGCAGCUUGUCGAACUGGAAGAGGUUAUUUUAACGUCUAAUUUACCCUUGCACGAAUUGUGGUUGAGGACAGAGAAAUUACGGGAGUCUUGCCAUUGGUUGCCAUACUUGGAUGACGAUAAGUGCGAAGAUCCGCAAAGGAUGGUGUUCACAGAUGACGUAGCGGAAUUAAUACAUCCGGUAACGAUGCCGGAAAAUAUAUUCAAAUUAACGGCUACCGUAUUUUCUCUGUUGAAAAUUCCUUUGCUGCCUUGCAGGCAUACAACGAUGGGAGGGCUGGGGCUGGAUUACGUGCCUUGGAACGUCGAUUCCGUGGAGCCUUUGUUAGCUAUGUUUUUGCCGUUAUAUCCCGUGGAAAUGUCUAAAAAUUUGUGGAACGAUACCAAGCUGGCCGUGGGACCGCAAUAUUUGAAAAAAAUACCUGGGCACGAGGAAUAUUUGGAUUUCAUAUUGAAAUUGAUGGAAAGCAGCGCUAAUUGUUUGAUAGGUGUCGAUAAAAUCGCCGUAACCGUCUGGUUCUUUCGCUUCCAACGGCUACUGAUAAUAUUAGAUAAAAUCGAAUUGUUCAAUAUGACGGACAAGCUGAAAAAACGAGUCAAAAAAACGUUCAAAGAAUUCUUGAAGCUCGAAAACAACCGGCAAAACGAAAUAUACUAUUUGGAAUACGCUUUGGUCGAAUACGAAUUCGGUAACAUUGAGAGUUGCUUCAAUAUUAUCAACAUGGCUAUCAAAUUCAACGAAAAAUCCGAUAUAACGGCGGUGAUGCCGUCCGAUUCCCAAAAGAAUUGGUGUUACCUACAUAAACAACUGGUUCAAUUGCGAAUUAAAACAGGUACAGACGUGCCUGCUAUAGUUAAGAUACUGUGCAAAAUGACGCUACAAACAGAUGAGUUGGAAUUAACUGAAGAUGUAUUGCUAGCGGCCGAAACUAAGUUUACAACGAUUACUCGGCAGUUAUUAGAAAGCAAACUGGAAAAAAUGACUUGCGUCGAACAUUUUUUGCCAAAUUUUUUUACGGAUUGGAUCAUCUGCCACGGAUGGUUUUCGUAUUUAACUAAACGACCAGAAGAAUGUUUUACGUUUCUCGCCGACGUUCUGCAAGAGUUAGAGAAUUCCGCUACGGAAAUCCAUUGGCAAAAGGAGGUGCUCUAUGAAUUCUACGUGGCGGUGCUGUUCAAACACGCCAGCGAAGUGCCUGCCAGCGGUAUAAUCAAGUUGUUGGACUCUGUGCUUUACAUGGCUCUCGAAAAAUAUCCAAACAAUGUCUUCAUGUUGUCGGUGCUCGAAAGACAGCAGACGACCGCUAACUGUUUGGGCUUGAGAUGGUGGCGCGUGCAAAAUUUGUUACUCAAAGGGGACCGAGCAUUGUCAUCGCUGUUUGCCGUUAUUAUCGUGAGACAGCAGAUAGAGACGGUCCGUGAGAUGGUCUGCGAUACUGUGACGGGAGAGAAAUACGAUAUUAUACCCAGUUUGAAGAAUCAGAUGCUGUCUUUAUUUAAAAAAAUCACUUCAGGUACGAAUAGUAGAAAGUGCGGUUUAAUUUGGAGGUUAUACUUGCAAUUCGUUUAUACGUACUUUUCUCCAGAAAUUUGCCGCAACGUUUACUAUUCAGCGGUGGAGGAAUGUCCUUGGUUGAAGGCUUUGUAUUUGGACGCUGCCAUUUAUAUACCGGCCGAAUUGGCCCAAAUUCAAGAUUUGAUUAUCGAGAAACAGCUGAGAUUACACGUUACGCCGGAAGAACUGGACGUUUUGAGGAGUUAAAAAAAACUGUGAUAUUUUUAAGUUAGUUAAAUAUUAUAAGUUUAAAAUAAUCAAAUUGAUGAUAUAAUUAUGUUGAAAAUUAAAUUAAAAAACGUUUGCUAUCA